GUUGUGGCUCCCAGCUUCGUUCUCGUUUGUUGUGUUUUUUUUCCUCCGCCUUUUCGCCCUCAUGCCGUUUUAUUUCAGGAGGGGCCGGAAAGGCCUGUUUAAACAUAUAGCUCAUGGCCUGAUCCCUGCAGCUACCAUAGCUCCUAAACCUGCUGUCCCCCGCACCCCUCCCCCUCGUAGUCCAAACCCUUCUCCAGAAAGGCCCAGGUCUGCUUUAGCAGCCGCUAUUCUUGUGACGACCUUAACUGGACGAACUAUUGCCAUCCCUCAGCCUCGUCAGCGAUCUCUUUCGGAAAGUGAUGCUAGCUACUUGCAAGAUCAAGAAGACUGUAUUGAACCAUAUGCCACUGUCACUGAGCUACGAAUGAGUCCAAAUUGGAAGAAUGAUGGUGGUGAAAGGAAUGCUGUGCAAACUUUGGAAGCGUCUGCGAGCUGUUGUGAGGAUGACAUGGAUACAUUCACUUCUGACACAGAAAAAGAAUCAGAUCCCGGCCGUCAGAUUAUUAAUAAAAAAGAAAACAGGAGUCAUGAGGUUAUGUAUGCCAUGCCACAUAAAAUCAAACACAGAUUGUAG